AAUAGUGAUAUUUUGAGCGACUUAUCCAAAAAAGAGAAGAAAAAAACCGAAAAAAGAAAAGAAAUGGACUUAUUUUUCAUGAAUUCAUUCAAAUUGACGAUAUUGAUUAUACCGGAACCGGAAUUGAGUGGGUGGCGGAGAAGAGAGAUGUUGAUCUUCUAUAUUCCUACCCCUCCUCCACACGCUUCCUUCGCCGCCCCUUUCAACCACGUCCACGGUGGCGCCGCCUCUCUCCCCCGCCGCCCGUCGCUCGGUCUUUACUGCCAGCUGUCCGACCACCAAACAGCACAUCAAUUGGCAACUCCACCAGUUACGAUCAAUAGAUCGUUGCUGUCUGUGUCGGCGACGUGCUCGGAGGCCGAGCUCUUGGCCGCCACGCGCCUCCGAGUCCGAACCUUCUACGACUUCAACGAACAGACUUUCGGCAUCGAAGAUCAUAAAAGGUACUUGGUUGAACGUGAGUUCGAAGCACUAAGUGAACGUGUAGCCGGAAAGAGAAAGGGAUUUAGGAAAGUUUCUUGCAUCAAUGCUACAUUGCCGAUGUCAUGGCUGAUGCGUGUCUCCAAAGACUUGUGUGCUGCUUGUAAAUUUUCACAAAAUGGAGAAGACAGAGUUGUUGUUGGGACACUCGAUCUAAAUCAAUGUGUUGGCCUUCCUGAUGAAUUAGUAGGAAUGAAGCCUCAGGGGAUUGGAUCUGAUUUUGCGAGGGCUUAUAUUAGCAAUGUAUGUGUGGCUGAAGAGCUGCAUCGGAAUGGUUUGGGAUAUGAACUAAUUGCAGAGUCUAAGAGGGUUGCUCAAGACUGGGGAAUAAGUGACUUAUACGUUCAUGUGGCUGUGAAUAAUGAGGCAGCUAAAAAUCUCUACUUGAAAAGUGGGUUCACCGUAGAGAGCGACGAACCAGCUUGGCAAGCCAGGUUCUUGGAUCGCCCCCGAAGGCUUCUUUUGUGGACAGGUCUUCCUAUUACAUACCAAUUGUAAUACCCUAAAACAUUCUCCAAUGCAAAUUUUUCUCUGUAUUCAAUGGUUUUUCUUACUGUCUUCUCUUCGUGUAUAUUUUAUUCUUGGAUCAUGUCAUCUGUAUACGACCUUUGGGUCCUUACUUUCUCUGAAAUCAAGAACACUACUCAUUGAAGGUCA